AUGAGCUACAGUUCCGCCCAAAUACCUAAGAGUUUUGGGGAUUAUCAGUUGAAAAACAUCAUACAGCGUCACCAAUCUUCCUUAGUCGCGUUAGUUUAUUCAGAAAAAAAGAAGCAAUAUUUUGCAGCUAAAAUUUUCUUCAGAAAUUUACUUCAAGACUCAUUCCAAUUGCAAAUACUCGAAAAAGAGCUUCGUAUUAUGGAAAGAAUCAAGCACGAGAACAUUGUUAAUUUCGAAGAAAUCAUUUACACAGAUGAUCUCAUCAUAGUUGUUAUGGAAUUUAUUGAGCGUUUUCUUAACGAACGAAUUUACCAUGGCUCCAAUAUAUCAGAAUCCCACUUUUUCAAUAUGUUGGGACAAAUUGUUUCAGCAAUCAGUUAUCUUCACGAGCGAGGUAUUGCACAUAGAGAUAUAAAGCUAGAUAAUAUCGGAAUCACGUUUGAUAAUAAAAUCAAACUGAUAGAUUUCGGAAUGUCUUCGAUUAAAGAAAGUCACUCAAUCGAUUCCCUCAGAACCACGUUCUGUGGUACAUUAGAAUAUAUAGCUCCCGAAAUUUUACGUGGCGAAUCAUACGAUGCUAAGGCAGCAGAUAUUUGGUCGCUUGGUGUUGUUGCUUACGUUUUAGCAACAGGGAAUUUGCCAUUUACGGGUACAGAGAAGCUCCUUAUUCACAGUAUUUUGAGUUGCGAGUACUCUUUCCCUAGUUUCGUUAGCGAAGAGGUUAAAACCUUAGUUCGAUCGAUGCUUCAGCUGGAUCCAACAAAAAGACCAACUAUCGACCAAAUACAGAAAAUGAUACCUACAAAUAUCCCGCUAAAACAAAUGGGUCAAUUACACCACUUGCCUUUAUCGAAGAAGGACUUGAUUAAAAAGCCACAGAUAAGAUUAACAUCACCCAACUUGAAGACAAGUCAAAUUAACCUUUCUUCAUCAAAAUAUACAAGAAUUUCGAUUUCCGGAAAAAUUAGCUUAGAUUGA